CAAGCCACACAUUGCUGAAUAACAAAAUCGUAUGGAAAAAAAACGAAUCAUUUCGGCAAUUGAAAGCUUCUAAGAACGCCAAAAUAACUAUGGACCCGGCAGAAUUGAAAUCUUUUGAGGGUUUCUUGGCGCCCGCAUUCACAUGCUUUGAAAAUAAUGAAGAGAAAACCUUGAAUUUGGCACAUAUUGACGACUAUGCGGAGUGGCUACAAAGGAAUGGUGCCGUAGGCGUUUUAGGCCAAUAUAUACCGACGACAGUCAACAGCAUUACCGGCGAAGGUCCCAUUUUGGGUAAAAUCGAACGUCAAUUGAAUGCCGAAGCUUGGAGCAUCGCUUGUAUGAAGCACGAACUGAAAAUGCUGAUACAAAUUGGCGGCGCACCAAUGCCCGAUGUGUUGGAUCUGGCAAGGCAUGCGAGUAAUUUGAAUAUAAAUGGUGUGGUAUGCAUACCAGAGCUCUUCUAUAAGCCGAGCGAUGUCAAGCAAUUGGUGGGGUAUUGUAAAAUCGUCGCCAAGAAUUGUGGGCGGCAUCCAUUCUUUUACUACCACUUGCCACACUACACAGAUGUGUUUCUUGAUAUGCCAGAGUUUUGUGAACUUGCGGAACGGACCAUACCAAACUUUGCGGGCAUCGAAUAUUCCCAUAGUGAUCUAGCAAUGGCGGCGAAAUGUUUGGCUCCAAAUCGCAUCAUCAUACUUAGCGAUUCGCGCAUGCUCUCCAGCGGUCUGUUACUCGGUUUCAAAACAUUUUGCAUGGCCGCAUUCAAUAUGGUGCCGAAUACGAUGCGUGAUAUUUACGGUAACAUGAAAACUGGCCAAAUUAAUUUAGCAAAGAGAGAGCAAAAACUUUUAAAUAGUUCCAUACGGGAACAUAUGACGCGGCAAAAGAAGGGUAGCUGGGUAAAGGCUAUGAAACAUUGGUUUAACGAGGAGUUGAAGAAGCCAGAGAAUGAGACACCAUUUACAGCGGGUCACACACUUUCCUUUUUUGAGAUUCCAAUUACUGAAAUAAAGAAAACUUUGAGGAUGUACCUAAAACCGACCGCUCCAAACGUGAUUAGAUCUCCGAAAAUUCAGCACUUUGCCGGUUAAAAUCCGGUAGUGUAGAACCUGCUGUUAUGGGAAUCGCCGGGUUACGGUAAACCCCCCUUUACAUGCCCUGCUAACAAUACACAUCUGACAUCCCUCUCCACAUGGUCCGACCCCGUCGAAACAGCACGUUUCCUAGGCCUACCGCUGAAUAAGCUCGAUGACAACUUAUCGAAUUCCUACCAUCCUAACCGGGAUUAGGUACCCGUUACAACAACAACAUCGCAUAGAACUCC